UAUACAUCUUAUCAACAGGGUCAAAUCUCAAUUCCUGUGUACAUAAUCUCAAUAGAUAUUUGUGUACAGCAGAAAAUGUUGCGCAGUAGUCUUGUAGGAGUAGAUAUACAUGUAUGAAAGUCGGAUGGUUUUGAGGCUUCAUGUAUAAUUUCUUUGAGCAGCAAGGAAAACGUAGACGUGUAGAGAUGUUUUGCCGGGAAGAUUUGGUAGGAUGGAUGGUAUUCAAUGGUCUCCCUCCACCAGAUAUUUACAGACAAAGAGAGUACUGGGUUAGCGCCCUUACUGCUUUACAGAAGGAGUCAACAGAGGAAAAUAUUAUCCAAUUAAAAGUUUUCUGGGAGCAAAAUCGGAAAGGAGUAAAGGAUUUGUUCCUCGAGGAAGUGGAAUCCAUGUUAUUCCCACAGGAUGAAACAAUGUUCACCCCACCAGAGUCUCCAUCCCCAAUCCCACUAUCGCCACGACUUGAAGGUCGACGUCGCUCCUUAUCCAGCGGUAGCCAUGGCAGCCGAGCACAUCCUUAUUUGGUACUUCACGAUGGGCAUAUAAAAGACAAUGCACGCUAUAAUCAUGGAUAUCGUUAUGGAGGAGAAACCUCUCCCUCCCGGUACUAUCCUCCUCCCCCUAGAGAUCCAGAAGCAGUUACCAUGGCAACCAGCCAACCAAACAGCAGUUACGUUGCAUCUCGGGCUCCUAGUGUAUCAUCACAAUCGAAUGCAUUUUUAUUGGCUCAGCUGUCACGUCCUGUGCAACUGUCUAUGCCUCAGCCAGACAAGUCCUUGUCCCAAACCCUCAUGUCUUCACCCACAACAUCUCUCACAACUACCACAUCCCAGUCCAAUGAGGGCCAGUCCUCGUCGGAUGAGAUUGAUGAAAUGGGGCACCAUAUUCAUUCGAAUGCACAUACAAAUUCCCAUUCAAACUCCCAUUCAAAUAGCAAUGCUAAAGUCAAGGUGGAAAGUGUACAUGAAAACAGAACCAAUCUUCCUGGUGUCGCUACUUUAUUCAGCACAUCCGAACAAGAGAGUUCUUUUCACGCAAGUCAGACCAUGAGAAGAUUGUCGGAAUCUGUAGCGGAAACUUUGCUUAGUAUGAGUGCAGGAGCUCAGCCAAUUAAAGAGGAGAACCAAAAAUCUUCUUCAGAGAAUAGCUACCAUAGUAUGGAAAUAACCGAUGAUUCAUCAAACCCCAGACAAGAGCGUCACGAAUCAACCCCUGAUCCCCCGCCUGAACAAGCUGUACCUGAAGUAGCCAAUCACACAACAGUUGAUAGUGAGAAGCAGAAAGUCAGCCAAGCUCACAGAUUAGCAAUCAUUGAUGGGGCCCUGAAUGCAUUGAAUUCCGUGCCAUCUUUACAAAAUUCAACCAGAUUAACUGAAGCAGUAAAUAGAAUCUUACACCAUGACCGCUGGCAGAUUCUAGGCGCAUUAAAGGGAGCACCAAUAUUGACGCGAGAACUGGCAAGGGAAAUGUUUGGAGUUGAGACACUAAAAGAAUCGACAAUCACAGGACGGCAAUAUAAGCCACUGGAUAAGAAUGUCCUAAUGCUUAUAAGAGGCUAUGUUAUGUCUAUUUAUGGUGUGUUUAUGCACGAGGAUGACUUUGCUGUUCUUUGGGAAAAAUGUGUUGAAAGUGUUCGUCAACUCUGUAAGGCUCUAAGGGGAACGAGCAAAGAAAACACUCCUAAUAAGGAAAAGGAUCUACCGUUGACAGAUCGUGAAAUAGCAAUUGUGGAAAGAGAUCUAGCGAUGUCUGAACGGGAUAUUCCACUGUCAGAAUCGCCACCCCCUCCACCCCCAAUGGAUUGGCACAUCACUAAACAUGAACCUUCACCACCAGAGACACCUAUUGAGCAAACCAGUCAGUAAGGGAAAAUGAUUGACACUUAUAUGUUCUAAUGUUUUAUCAGAACUAUGAAUUACUUGUCUCUAGCAUUGAACAUUUCUUUGAGUAAAUUAUCUAGAAAUUUGGGAAUUACCUUCACCUUCAGUGGGUUUAUACAGUAGAUGCAUGGAUGACAGAUUAGAACGUUUCAAAUCAUGGAUUGAAUUUCCCGUAGCUGAUUUAUGUUUUCUUUAUCACAUUUAACCAUUUUCUGUACUAAAUGGCUUCCAAGGCAACCACCAGGUGGAUUGUACAUGUAUGUAGCACAGUGUUCUUGUCAAAUUAAACAAUGUUAUAGGCUAUUUUGUCAAACUGCAAAUCUCUUAAUUUUCCUUACCCCAGUGUUGUUUCAACCUUUGUGACUACUACCCAAAAAUGGAGAAAAUAUUGAAAUAGCCUACAAUGUCAUUGUAUCAUUGUAUUAUUCUAUGUAUUUGUAUGAAAUCUUGUUCUACUCUUGUAAUUUGCAUAUAUGUUCAAAGACUUUGGCAAAACUCAACUAAUACAUUUAUCUUGUAUUUUAUAGACUGAGUUUGUGGAUUCAAUGUAAAAAUCAUGAAAAUCAGUGUUUAUUUUGGAAAUACAUGCAUAGCUUUAUCAUUUGUAUAAUCUCCCAAAAUUGUAAACAGAAAGAGAUCUGGGUCUUCAUAACAACAAUAUACAAAAUGGUUUAUAAAAGUGUAAAUAUAUUGUACAUAGUAGACAUAUAUAGAAAAUUCAAUUCUAUUGUAUAUAUUGUAAAUACACAUAUACACAGUAUAUAUAAUCAAAGUAAAUAUAACAAUUGUGAUUGUAGGAGAUAUAACAAUUGUAAGAUUUUCAGAUUUAUAAUAUAGGUUAGAAGAAAAUUUGAUGUACGCUAAUGUUGAAUCAUAGAUUUUUGAUUCGCAUACAGAUAACUUUAUUUUGUUUUUAAUAAUAUCGUGAAUUUGCAGUUUGGAACAAGAUUCAUUAAAAUUUAAUGAAACUAUAUCAGUUAAUAUUAAGAUUAAUCUGAAGGCAAGAUUGCCCAGUUAAAUAUUACGUGAAUUGUAUCUUUAGUGUAUAGAAUACAGGAUGUCCAUUUAUUAUUUAGAUGUGCAUGUUCUACAUCAUGAAUCAUACUUGUGUGACACCUUGUACACAUGUGUUUAAAUUCCAAACACGAAUGUACAAUAACUGCACCAAUGUUAUGAAAUUCAACUGCCUCUUGUCUUGGAAAAUUGCAGAAUUUGCCAAAAGAAGAUUGUACACCAAAAUAUGUUUAUUCUUGAUAUUCUGUACAUGUACUAUGAAGAGUUUGAAGCAAUGGUGAUGUUACAGUCAUUGUUAGGAAUUGAUCAUGCUGUAAGAAAUAUAGGAAAAAUUCAUAUUCUGUCACAAGCCAUGUUUAAAAUGUUUUUCUGGCAUUUUUUUUUUAAGUAGACAUUCCUCUUUAAAAUCCAGAUUUUAAGAAUUUUGAAACAAUUCUCUUUAUUAGAAUACAUCAAUCUACUGAGCUGAACUCACUGUGUCUGUGUCUCUGCAACAAGAUGACCUGCCUUAGAGUCAUUUUAUUGCAAAAUGA